AUGGUUCCAGGGCGAAACUGCGGAAGGCAGGUCGGCUCCCGUCGUCGCGCUGCAAGCGUCGCGCUGCGGGCUUCCUUUGCGGCAGGCCUCAUUGUCACCUGAGGAUCUUCUAGUAGCGGAGUCAGCAAGGAGUCAAGGACACAGCUGCUGGACGCCAUGCCUUUCUUUGAUGUGCAGAAAAGGCUGGGUCUUGACUUAGACCGCUGGAUGACAAUCCAGAGUGCUGAGCAGCCUCUCAAGAUUCCAGGUCGAUGCCAUGCUUUUGAAAAAGAAUGGAUAGAGUGCGCACAUGGUAUUGGUGGUAUUCGCGCGCAGAAAGAGUGCAAGAUAGAAUAUGAUGAUUUCGUAGAGUGUCUACUUCGACAGAAAACGAUGAAACGUCUGAGUGCCAUCCAGAGGCAGCGGGAUAAGCUAAUAAAGGAAGGGAAGUACACACCUCCACCUCAGCACCUGGGCAAGGAGGAUCCUUGACCCUGAGCAGAGCAGCUGCCGGUGGCUGGAGGCUGAUUUUCACGUUCUCUCUUCUCUGCUGGAAACUUUACGUACUGAAAACCCUUUUGUGAAAGUGUCUAAAAAUAAAGGAUUGCUCUCUCCUA